AUGGCGACUCGCUCGCUCUUCCAUAGUCUUAGAUGUCGAUUGACGAAUGGUGUUGUCGGAGGCAAUUUCACUCGGAACGCCGAAUCGUCGCGAUUCUCCAAGUCGUACAGUGCUGAUGCGGCAAUCGGAAGCUCUCUUGUCGAGCAAUCGCUGGAGUCGGAGGAGAAAGACGAUCUGAGGAGCCGAAUUUUCAGAUUGAGACUUCCGAAGCGAAGCGUAACUACUGUUCUCGAGAAAUGGGUUGGCGAAGGCAAUCAGAUUACAGUCAACGAGCUUCGAGAUAUCUCCAGAGAGCUUAAGAAAACUCGGCGUUACAAACACGCUCUCGAGGUUACAGAGUGGAUGGUUCAACAUGAAGAAUCAAAGAUCUCAGAUACUGAUUACGCGUCGCGGAUAGAUCUGAUUUCAAAAGUUUUCGGGAUCGAUGCAGCAGAACGCUACUUCGAAGGUCUGAAUCAAGCUUCAAAGACAACCGAAACGUAUACAUCUCUGCUUCACGCUUACGCUGCCUCCAAACAAACCGAACGAGCCGAGGCAUUGUUCAGGAGAAUCAUAGAGUCCGAUAGUCUCACAUUCGGUGCCAUCACAUACAACGAGAUGAUGACUCUGUACAUGUCAGUGGGGGAAGUUGAGAAAGUCCACGAGGUGAUCGAAGUGCUAAAGCGCAAAAAGGUUUCUCCUGAUAUCUUUACUUACAACCUCUGGCUUAGUUCAUGUGCUGCUGCUUUUAACAUAGAUGAGCUCACAAAGAUUCUUGAAGAGAUGAGGCAUGAUGCUAGUUUUAGUGAGGGUUGGGGUCGAUAUAUUGAUCUGACUAGUAUCUAUAUAAGCAGUAGUAGAGUGGCUAAUGCAGAGUCCAGCUCACCAGUCGUUGAAGCUGAGAAAUCUAUUUCGCAGAGAGAAUGGAUCACGUAUGACUUCCUUAUGAUCUUGCACACUGGAUUAGGAAACAAGGAUAUGAUAGAUCAGAUUUGGAAGUCUCUGAGGAACACUAACCAGAAAUUGAGCAGCAGAAGCUACAUUUGUGUUCUUUCGUCUUAUGUAAUGCUUGGUCAUUUGAGAGAAGCAGGGGAAGUUAUCGAUCAGUGGAAGGAGUCUAAGACGACGGAGUUUGAUGCUUCUGCUUGCUCGAGGAUCUUGAAUGCGUUUCGAGCUGUCGGGUUAGAGGAUAAAGCCAGCGACUUUCAUUUGCUCUUGGUGCAGAAGAAAUGCAUAUUGGAAAUGAUCUGA